AUGGGUGCGAGAAGCAGCCAGGCGGUGGAUCCGGUGGUGAGCCGGAGAUACUCGUCGGAAUCAGAGGCGGUUCUGGUUGUGCGACGACGACCACAUAUGGUGAAUGGAGGAGGAUUCGUAGUGAGCAAUAGCAAACAACAAGUAUUGUUUAGGGUUGAUGGGUGUGGAGUUCUUGGAACCAAAGGGAAGCUUCUCUUGAGAAAUGGUGAUGGUGAUGAUUUGCUUCUCAUCCGCAAAAUGGGAGGAAUGGUCCAGGCACUGAACAUGGUACACAAGAAAUGGGAAGGUUUUGGAUAUGACAACGAAGGAGAACAGAAGCUGGUUUUCACCUUGAAGGACCCAAAAGAUUCAUGUCUGGUUCAACACGGUUCAAUCAGAAUUCUGGUUCACGGUAAACCGAAGAUAUCAUCAACCCGCAACAUCCAUAAUAACAACAACUAUGUCGAGAUCAAAGGCUCUUUCUCAGAGAGAGCUUGCAACAUCAUGAAUUCAGAUGGCAGAUCCAUAGCUCAGAUAAGAACACAGAAAGAGAUAGAGGAAAUGGUGGGGAACAAGAAGGAUCUUUAUCAUGUAAUAGUCAAAGCAAACGUGGAUCAAGCUUUCAUCUUCGGUGUCAUCGCCAUUCUCGACUACAUUCAUGGCGAAUCCACAAUAUGUUGA